GUCUUGCACAGGUGUACCGGCUCCUCCCCCUCAGUCUUGCACAGGUGUACCGGCUCCUCCCCCUCAGUCCUGCACAGGUGUACCGGCUCCUCCCCCUCAGUCCUGCACAGGUGUAGCGGCUCCUCCCCCUGCGUCUUGCACAGGUGUAGCGGCUCCUCCCCCUGCGUCUUGCACAGGUGUAGCGGCUCCUCCCCCUCAGUCUUGCACAGGUGUACUGGCUCCUCCCCCGGACUGGAAUGGCUUCCUUUGUCACCGCACACUGGGAGCUUCUCACAAUGUGCAUUAGAAGCUGCUGCCAGUCAGAGCUCCGCCCCAUUUCCUUGGCUGGAGGACGUCCAGCAUCAUCUAGCGCUUUCCUCCCCAGCCUGACUGACCUUGGCCCACCCCUUUCAUUCAUUAGAGCCCGCCUCUUUACCUGGCUGGAGGACGUACAACAUCAUCUAGCCGUUUCCUCUCCAUCUUGAUUGUUCCUGGCCACACCC